AAAAACACCCAUUCGUGCAAUGCAAUUCACUUCAGUGUUAUUCAGUUCUCUGUGGGAAGCCGAUUUUGGGUUAGAGAGAGAGAGAGAGAGAUUCGGGUUGCAUUAGGAAUUUGAGAGAGAGAGAGAGAGAGAGAGAGAUAUUUGGGUUGCAUUAGGAAUUAGAUAGAGAGAUUUGGCAAAUUGAGAUUGCCACAAUAUUUGAGGCGGUAACAGCUCCUGACUGUUUUAUAUAUACUCUGAAUAGCACAGUUACUUUGGAUUUGUAUAUCCUUUUCACUCAGCAAACAACCCAGCAACUGUGAGAAGUUAAUUGCCGGUUUAUUUUACUUGAACUAUCGAAGGAAAACUCAAGAAAGAUGGGUAUCAUUGAGAAGAUUAAGGAAAUAGAAGCCGAAAUGGCACGGACACAAAAGAACAAAGCCACAGAGUAUCAUCUGGGACAACUCAAAGCAAAAAUUGCAAAGUUGAGGACGCAGUUGCUGGAACCUCCAAAGGGUUCUAGUGCAGGUGGAGAUGGUUUUGAAGUUACAAAAUUUGGGCAUGGUCGUGUUGCUUUGAUAGGAUUUCCAAGUGUUGGAAAGUCGACAAUGUUGACUCUUCUAACAGGAACACACUCCGAAGCAGCAUCAUAUGAGUUCACUACACUGACUUGCAUUCCAGGAAUUAUCCACUAUAAUGAUACUAAAAUACAACUUCUUGAUCUUCCGGGAAUCAUUGAAGGUGCUUCUGAAGGAAAGGGCCGCGGAAGGCAGGUUAUUGCUGUUGCCAAGUCUUCAGACAUUGUGUUGAUGGUACUUGAUGCCUCAAAAAGUGAAGGUCAUCGCCAAAUCUUGACAAAAGAGCUUGAAGCUGUGGGCUUGCGGUUGAAUAAGAGGCCACCGCAGAUAUAUUUCAAAAAGAAAAAGACAGGAGGCAUUUCUUUUAACAGCACUUUGACUUUGACUCAUGUUGAUGAGAAGCUUUGCUACCAAAUUCUACAUGAAUACAAGAUACAUAAUGCUGAGAUUUUGUUCAGGGAGGAUGCCACUGUGGAUGAUCUCAUUGAUGUAAUCGAAGGAAACCGUCGAUAUAUGAAGUGCAUUUAUGUGUAUAAUAAAAUUGAUGUCAUUGGGAUUGAUGAUGUCGACAGACUUGCCAGGCAACCAAACUCUGUUGUCAUUAGCUGCAAUUUAAAGCUCAACUUAGAUAGGCUGCUAGCAAAAAUGUGGGAAGAAAUGGGGCUUGUAAGAGUUUAUACAAAGCCACAGGGGCAGCAACCUGAUUUCUCAGAGCCUAUUGUUCUUUCUUCUGACAGAGGUGGGUGCUCAGUGGAGGACUUCUGUAAUCAUAUACAUAGAAAUCUUUUGAAAGAUCUGAAGUACGUGCUGGUUUGGGGCACCAGUGCAAGGCACUACCCCCAACAUUGUGGGAUUUCACACAUGCUGCAUGAUGAGGAUGUGGUUCAGGUUGUGAAGAAAAAGGAGAGGGAAGACGGAGGAAGAGGUCGAUUUAAGUCACACUCGAACACUCCUGCACGAAUAUCUGACAGAGAGAAGAAAGCCCCUUUGAAAACAUGAAGAAUAUAUUCUGAACAUCUCUCAUAUAAAUUCACAGCCUUGGUUUUUGGGGGUCUCACCAGUCUUAUCACAUUGAUAUCUAUAGCCUGAAAUGAUCUCAUUUGUAUGUGUAGCAUGUUUUAUGCUUAUCCGUGUCUCAGUUAGAAAUCUAGUAUUCUAGUGUUUAUUUUUUUUCUUGUUUAGUUCAAAAUAUAACAUAUUAAUAAAUAAUUCAUGGGCAACUCAGUUGUUCUUAUUUAGACAUACUGCAUUCAUUUCACAAGCUGUCAUUCUGAAAAUUUUGGGAGAGAAUAUGAGGAGACUUCUGAAUGGAAAAGACCAAUGAAUUGAAGUCGGGAAA